AAACAUAAUCAGCAUCAAGCAAUCAAGUUAUAUUAACUAAUCUUCACACGGCCUUUUAUAAACAAAAUGAAUAUUUGGACCAUAAUCUUGUUUUUAUUCAUAAAUGCACAAGUUGGUUUAUCGAACGAUGAUGGUCCUCUGUUGACUCAGACCAUCUAUGGAUUUUUGGAUUUUACCACUACAAUUGGUAAUACGGUAAUGGUUUUUUCGCCACAAAGUGCUCCAGCAUUAGUCUUAAAACCAGAAAUAAUAGCACCUGUUAUAAAGACAAAACCAGAAAAUGUGGCCCCCAUUAUAACGGAUGAUGCAAUAAAUCCUACUAAACUAAAAACAGUUAAUACGAAAUCAAAAACUCAAGGUUCUUCGAAAGGCAGCGAACAUAAAUUGAAACCACCUAAUGCUCUUGCCACCACCUCUACGCCUGCAUCUGCUCCGGUUCCAGUUACGGUUCCUAUCCCUCAAAAUGUUGCAAUUCCAAAUGAAAUUGUUAAAACGUCACUGACGCUUGAGAACGACGUACAAGAUCCUGAAUAUGAUUUACUCUCACGCCAACCGCCGCAAUUCAUUGAAGAGACUUAUCGUGUUGUAAAUUUAAAAUCGAAUAGCAAAAAUUCACGGACGCCCGUUGUUGUAACACCUGAGAAAAACACUGCCAGCAGUAUUGUUUUGAGCUCUAAGGCACCAUCGAGAUCCCAUAAGAACAAAAAAAAUAAGGUAAGGCCUUCUAGCACAUUGCAAGUACUGAAAACAGCCGCACCUGUGACACCUCAAAAAAACAGCAUUAGUAACAAAGUGACACUACGCAAUACAUCGUCGUCUUCCACUUCAUCCACAUCGACAUCCCGAAAGAGCAGUAAAAAGGGCUCAAGUCAUAGAGGAACUACAUCCACCACCCCUCAACCCGAAGAAGUAGUUAUUGUUAAAUCGACUACUACCAGAAACAAACCCAAAAGAAAAAACAAACACAAGAAUUCAUCGACCACAUCCAAACCCAGAUACUCUACGACAACAAGUUCUACCACUACAGAACAAGCGGUUCGGAGAGCAUUCAGACCAAAGUUGCAAGUAACUAACUCGGAUUUGGAUAGCAAUAACAAUUUACAUAUAACAAAACUCAAUCGUACACCAGGCCGAUGGCAAUACAAAACUUCACCCAAGCCCAGAAUAAACAUACGAAAGCCAGCGAUUGAGGCCAAUGGACCGGUGGGUUUGAACAAUGUUACCUCUUCAGCCAACAGCAAUUCAAACGUUUUUGCUGAUACAGCUUUAAGUGAAAAUAUCAAUGGUAACUUCUUAAACCAAAAUGUUAUCUACAAUCAAACCGAUUUGGAGAUAUCCGGUUCACAAAAUGGACCCAUCUUGAAUAAUAUCGAUCAAGAGGGAAAACAAAAAGUUUUUACCGAAACCAUAAAUGUUGAAAUAUCCACACCAGCAGAUUUUAAAGACACCUAUUAUGAAAUUGCAACUAUUAAGAAACCAUUUAUAUUCCAGGCUGGAGUUUUGAAAAAGACUCGUUUUAUAACAGUGACGUCGACCAUUGAAAAAUAUCUAACUCCAGAACCUUCUAUAGAGCCACGGAAUGACGACGAACCUUUGACUGAGAAUAUUCUAGCCGCAACGACCAAGGCGGAAGGUGUUCUUGUAGGCAGUAUAACAACUUUACCUCCCAUUUAUGUGAACGGUGAGAGCGAUACACCGAUUUUACAAACUAUAACUGAAUCGUUUAGUAUUGUAAACAAAAAAUUGAAAACUCAAAUUCUACCGGUUAUCAAUGAAAAUGAUAAUGAAACGACUUAUCACACACUGGUGCAAACGAUCGACUUGACUAGCCUCAUCACAGUUACGAAGACGACAUCGCCCCAAUUGGAAACGAAGGAAUUUAAUGGAUUUAAGGACUUUGUAGGCAACUUAGAUGAAGCGGGUUCUGAAAUAAACCUGGACUUGGAAUUUGGUGACGAAGGCAACCAGGAGAACGGUAGUGGUGAAUCUCAUAAAAACGACUUCGAUGGUGCACGAUUCAAUAAGACAACUCAACAAAUUCAGCCAACGUUUUCCACAGGUGUGCUAAAUCUGCCUUCACAAAACGUUAUUACAAACUCACGACCAGUCGUCAAAUUAGAGACUCUCUGGGAGUCCUAUGUGGUGCCAAUUACCAAUGGUCAAUCAACCACUUUUAGAACCUUAUCUAAGGCCAAGGGUGUUGUAGAGAAAACUGACUAUGUUAUUGAGACCACAACACUUUCGGUGCCGCCUCCAAUUCUACCACCCUCUACAAUAAAUCCCUUCUUAUUGAACCUUCCUCAACAAUUCCAAACGAUUACAUCACCCGUUGUCCACCAAACGAUAGUUACACAAACAGAGAGUAAAAUUUUAAAAUUAACUUUCGGCGCUAAAACCGCUUACACCACUCUAUACUCUACGCAAGUAGUACCUACUCUUCAGACCAUGUAUGUGACCACCUCAGUGCCUGUCCAGCCUACAGCAAAUCCAUUCCAAGGAUUUUUCCCUCAACCUUACAAUCCUUUUGCUUAUUUAGGUUAACAUCUCUAUCUUUUUCAAAUUAUACACACACUCACACACAUCCUUCUCGUUAUCGUAAAUAUCAUAUGGCGUAACCAACAUUUUUGCAAUCUGUUUAAUGUAAUAGAUAUUCGGUA